AUGUAUUGUAUAGUUUUGAUAUCUUUUUGGCUCCUAAUAUCGCAGCAAUGUUACGGUCAAGUCUUGUGGCCAGCAGCCGAGUCCCGGAGCAACACAUUCAACUCUACUUACGGCUCAUUAGACGAAGAACAAGCCCGGUCCUUGAUGCGAAGUGCGAACCUCUCUGAAGCACAACAACAGGCCGUUCUUGUUGCGAUCAACUUUGAGCGGUCAAACUGGGCUGGCUCCUCCACGCAAUUAGAUGCCUUCUACCAAGAUGUCCCAUCAACAGCCACUGUCGAGGCAGGAACCCCUAUCAAGAUCGAAAACUACACCAACACGACUCUUUAUACCAUUCCACCUGGGGUUGCCCUCUCGCGAAUGCUAUUCACAACUGAGACUAUAAAUGGAACUGUCAUUCCCGCCUCUGCCAUCGUCCUCUGGCCAUGGCUGCCGCGCCGCUUCGCCAACAUCUCCGGACUCCCCGUGGUAGGCUGGGGCCACGGCUUGUCAGGAUGGUCUGGUGAAUGCGGUCCCAGUCACAUUCGUAAUAUUUGGUAUGCGUACGGCGCACCGUUCACCCUGGCUCUCCAGGGCUAUGUCGUAGUGGCGCCGGACUACGCCGGUCUUGGGGUGGAUCACGACGCUGAGGGGAAUUUCAUUCCGCACCAGGCUUUCGCGGGCCCUGCAGCUGGAAAUGAUCUCAUCUACUCUGUGCAGGCGGCGCAGAACGCAUGGUCUUCUUUGAGUAAGGAGUUCAUCAUCAUGGGACAUUCUCAGGGGGGCGGCGCGGCAUGGGCAGCGGCGGAGAAGUUGGCGAAGAAGCCUGUGGAGGGAUACUUGGGAACUGUUUCGGGAUCUCCCUUGACCUCAUUUCCAGCCACGGUUAACUUGGUCUUGGACCAACCAGUCCCACUUGGUGCUGGUCUUGCCAGGCUUUCUACGGGAAUUUCGUCUAUUUUCCCUUCGUUCCAAUGGAGCGACUGGCUGUCUGAUGAGGGCAUCCGCCUCACACAGGUGUUGCAAUGGCUGCAGGGGUGCCAAUCCGUCGCGCUCGAGCUGAUCCAAAGCCCUAAUCUAGUGAGAGAGGGCUGGAACGCCACGUGGUACCUAUCUGCCUUUGAAGACCUCACGCGAGUCGGGAGAAAGGAGUUCGCGGGUCCGAUGCUGGUCCUGGAGGGCACAGCCGAUGCGAUGAUACCGGCAGUCUUGACUUCGGCGGCGGCCAAUGAGACGUGCUCGACGUGGCCGAAAAGCCAGCUGCAGUACACGCUUCUCGAGGGUGUCACACAUGUGUCGGUCUUGUAUGCAGGACAACAAAUUUGGUUGAAUUGGAUUGCCGACAGAUUCAGCGGCAUUGAUGCACCAACUGAGUGCGUGCAAGAGAUGGUGAGUCCUGCAUUGGAGAAACAAGCAUACCAAGCAGAGGUUGGAUAUACUUUGCAGUAUGCAUUUUAUCCGUACGAGGUGGCUUAA